GGAGGACAGAGGCCGCUCGCCCCAGAGGGACUUCCACAUCCUCUUCGUGCCACGCCGCAGCCUGCUCUGUGAGCAGUGGCUGAAGGAGCAGGGCGUGCUGGGCUCCUUCAUCCACCGAGAGCAGUACAGCCUGGACCUGAUACCCUUCGAUGGAGACCUGCUCUCCAUGGAGUCAGAGAGUGCCUUCAAGGAGUGUUACCUGGAGAGCGACCAGACGAGUCUGUACCAUGCAGCAAAGGGGCUGAUGACACUGCAGGCUCUCUACGGAACCAUCCCGCAGAUUUUCGGGAAGGGCGAGUGUGCCCGGCACGUGGCCAACAUGAUGAUGAGGAUGAGGCGGGAGUUCCCCGGCAGCCAGAACUCCAUCUUCCCCGUCUUCGACACGCUGCUGCUGCUGGACCGCAACGUGGACCCGCUGACGCCGCUGGCCACGCAGCUCACCUACGAGGGGCUCAUCGACGAGCUCUACGGCAUCCACAACACUUAUGUGAAACUGCCUCCUGAGAAGUUUGCCCCAAAGAAGCAGGGCGAGGGUGGGAAAGAUCUCCCCACAGAACCCAAGAAGCUCCAGCUGAACUCUGCUGAAGAGCUGUAUGCUGAAAUCCGAGACAAGAACUUCAAUGCUGUGGGGUCGGUGCUGAGCAAGAAAGCCAAGAUCAUCUCAGCAGCCUUUGAGGAGAGGCACCACGCGAAGACCGUCGGGGAGAUCAAGCAGUUUGUCUCCCAGCUGCCACACAUGCAGGCGGCGAGGAGCUCCCUGGCCAACCACACCUCCAUAGCUGAGCUCAUCAAGGACAUCACCACAUCUGAAGAUUUCUUUGAUAAUUUGACAGUGGAACAAGAGUUCAUGUCUGGAAUUGACACGGACAAGGUUAACAAUUACAUUGAAGACUGCAUAGCUCAGAAACAUCCACUGAUCAAGAUCCUACGCCUCGUUUGCUUGCAGUCUGUGUGCAACAGUGGACUGAAGCAGAAGGUUCUGGACUACUACAAAAGAGAGAUCCUCCAG